GGGUGUGGGGGCCGGGAACAGGCCGGGAACAGGCCGGGACCAUGCAAAAUAUCCCCGAGGGACAGGAGACGAGGUUGCUGUGCUUCUGAGGACCCUUGGAUGGCAGCAAAGAAUUAGAUCAACCCGCUUCCAGCGACUCUUCCUCGACGUUGCGUGGGGUUGGUUCCUUUCUGUGUACUGGUCACCCGCGUUGACUUUUGCUUCGUCGCUGUCUUCUGCCAAAGCGGAUUGACGGGCUGCCUCGAAGCGAGUUCCAUUCGCGGUGUCAUUGCCCUGAAUCACCAGCUUCUCCCGUCCCUGGCUGCCCCUGCCCGCGGAUGGUUCUACCAGGUCUCGCCGAUGCCUCCGCACAUAGCAGCCCCUGAUGGUCCCGGUUCCCGAGCCCCUGAAUCGACGACAACCGAGGGGGUACAUCUAAAGGGUGGCGAUCUCGGUUUCGCCGGUGAGAAGACCUCGGGGUCGGACGAGAGCCCUGCUGAAACCGAUCCGCCGGGGGAAGUCGAAUUCAAGGAAGGUGGCUAUGGCUGGGUCGUCGUCUUUUCUGUGCUGCUGGUUAAUGCCCAUACCUGGGGUCUGAACUCGUCCUACGCCGUCUUCCUAGCUUAUUACUUGCGGUCUGGCAGCAUUGUCGGUUCCUCCCCGCUUGGCUUUGCCUUCGUUGGCGGCCUAUCCAUAUCGAUAGCUCUACUGGUGUCCCCGCUCGCGACGUGGUGUAUCGGUCGGUUUGGGACACCCCAUAGCUUGCGAAUCGGUGUUGUGUUAGAAGCCGUGUCUUUCAUCGGAGCUUCAUUCUCAACGCACAUCUGGCACCUGCUACUCAGCCAAGGCGUAUGCUUCGGCGUAGGGCUGGGCUUCUGUUUCACCGCCACCGUCGGCGUGGUCCCCCAAUGGUUUACCAAGCGGCGGUCUUUUGCCAACGCUGUGGCCACCAGUGGGUCGGGCCUGGGGGGACUCACCUACGCCCUCGCCACGAAUGCCAUGAUCUCUCAGCUGGGUCUCGCCUGGGCCUUCCGCAUCCUGGCCAUCAUAGCUUUUGUAGUGAACGGGGUGUGCAGCUUGACCCUGCGUGACCGGAACCAUGCGGUCGGCGCCAUCCACGUACCGUUCCACAAGGGUCUCUUCAAACGCUUCGAGUUUUGGCUGUUUGUCGGCUGGGGAUUCUUCGGCCUCUUGAGCUACGUUAUCGUAGUCUUCUCCAUCACCGACUAUGCUCAGUCAAUGGGCUUCACGGCGAGCCAAGGUUCACUCGCAGCCGCCAUGUUCAACUUAUCUCAGGGCCUCGGUAGACCCCUCAUCGGCCUCAUCAGCGAUCGCUUUGGAAGAAUCAACGUUGCCGCCAUCGGGACUCUGGUGGCCGGAAUGGCUGCCUUCUUCCUCUGGAUCUUCGCCGGGUCUCAUUUUGCGGGACUCAUCGUGUACGCUCUUCUCGGCGCGUUCGCCGGCAUCAUUUGGCCGUGUGUUGCCCCUGUUGGAGCCGAGGUUGUAGGGCUGCAGUUGUUGCCUUCCGCAUUAUCAAUCUACUGGCUCUUGUUGGUUUUGCCUGCCACCUUUUCCGAAGUAAUCGGCCUAAGUCUCAGAACCUCGGGAGCGAACCCAUAUCUCAAUGUCCAGGCGUUCACGGGAACAAUGUACAUUGCCUCAUUCUUAUGCUUAUGGGUUCUGAGGAGCUGGAAAUUGCAGCAGUUGGAACUGCUCGGUUUGGAUGGCAACCCACAGUCGGAUGCUGCUCGAAGUGGCCACCCCGGGCGCCUGCGAUCGUAUGUACGCGGCAUGGCCGUGAUUAAACGGGUUUAGGAACACACCUGAUCGGGAAAUAUAAGUUUGCCAAAUAAGGACUCUUUCAUGACAGCCGGUUGGGCAAUCGAAAAUGAGUCUACGCUUGUGUGCUGCUGGAAGAGGGCCUGCUUGGCGCAGAAGCUGGUGGCUAGCGAUAUAACAAACCGCCCAAUCCAGCUGGUGGCCGGGUUGGCGGGGAAGAAGGAAGCUUGGAUGAGGACCAGCAUCCUUGCAUGGGAUACAACUGUUAGAGAGUGAAGUCCCGGCCAGCAUACCAGAGCCGAUCUGGCUGUGUAGUGAGCAACACGAUCCUCCGUAAGACUUGCGACGCCCGAGACCCAUACCACCUCGGACAUCUGCAACCGGCAGAGGGUAUGCGUACUGGCAGGAUUACCACCGGAGCUCGCCUUUGACACCCGACUCAUCACGGCCAUCGGCCUGCUUGGCUGGUGCCUCUUCCUUGAAGCCCAGAUUUCUAAAAUCGUCCUUUGCCAUGAGGUUG